AUGUUCAUCUCUCUUUCAUUUGGCCGCUGGUCGCUGUCCUCACCGGACGCGGUUUAUUUGUUUCGCGCCAAAAUAUGCGAAAAAAUGGAGGAUAAUCGGAACAAGUCCGGAAAGUCAAAUAAAAGGAAAAUGAAGGGCGAGAAACGCAGAAAUUAUGACUCUUCACGCUUCAAGGAGUCUUAUAUGAAAGUUAUAAAGGAUAAUUGGUCAGUGUACAAGGCGUCGAAGGAAUAUGGCAUACCGUGGUCUACUUUGAGAAGACACAUAGCUACUCAUGGAGGUGAAAGUUUCGACUUACCUAAACUUGGGAGACCAUUCACAUUAGACAGCGACCUUGAAUGUAAGUUUGUUUCCUACAUAAUUAAAAUGCAAGAACUAGGAUUUGGUCUCAGCGUCACAGACAUCAAAGCUAAAUGUUACGCUUUAGCAGUCCAAGCAGGAAAAGAUCACCAGUUUAACGAUGCUAAACGUAAAGCUGGGCCUUAUGAUGGGUGGGUUAGGAUGGUGGUCGUU